AGAAGACAUGCGAGGUGCUAGGCGGGCAGUUGGCAACAGUGAAGUCAAAAGAAGAGAACGAUUACAUAGUGCAAGAUGUUCUUGCUGCAUGUGAUGAUGAUGUGUGGACUAGCGGUACAGGACUUGGUGGUGGAAGAGCAAACACGUUUAAAUGGUUGGAUGGAACAAACGUGUCAGCCGGAUACACAAACUGGAGAAGUGGCCAACCAAAUCAGCGUGCGGAGGAGGGAACUGUAUGCAUUAAAUUGGAUUCAGAGUAUAACUACCAAUGGAACGACCACCAGUGCGAAACUCAAAGACAUUAUGGUCUGUGUGAAUUUAAAUACAUAUGAAAUCGAGUUUCAUUUGAACAAAUUAUCAACGACAAUUCAGAUCUUAUAAAUGUAUGUUUGUUUAGCUCUAUUGUUUUCUAAACGGUUGCUUAAUAUUAUGUUAUGAAAAAUGUUUGAAAAGCUGCCUUUAAUAAGUGCAAUGAUACCUUGAUUUUAUGACGAUUGAUUUGGAAAUUUAGAUAUGAGUCUUUUUUAUUUUACAUCUGUUCACUUAUAUGGAACGUUUUUCACUAUAUUGUUUGGUGUAACGCGUAAUUCGCUUC